GUGAUAUCAAAACACAGUAUUCCUUGUCAAUUUUACGUGUAUCAAAAAAUUUGGUUGUGAGUGAGUUUGAUUUAUUAAAAAUAAUUAUUUUUAAUAAAUUUACAGCCCAAUGACGGAAGAAAAACUUGAAAUUGAUUGGGGUGAUGAUAAAUUACUGCGUGUUCAAAGACAAACGGAGAAAAACCAAUAUGAUUUGGAAGCUUGGUCAAUUCUACUACGUGCCGCUCAAACUCGACAAGUUUCCCAAGUUCGACCACUUUACGAAAAAGUAGUAACAGUUUUCCCUGGAGCCGCUCGAUACUGGAAAAUUUAUAUAGAACAUGAGAUGAAAUCACGGAAUUUUGAAAAAGUUGAAAAGCUAUUUCAGAGAUGUUUGAUGAAGAUUUUGAAUAUAGAUCUAUGGAAAUUAUACUUAAGUUAUGUUAAAGAUACUAAAGCUGCAUUACCAAAUUAUAAAGAAAAAAUGGCUCAAGCAUACGAUUUUGCGCUAGAAAAAAUUGGCAUGGAUGUACAUUCAUACAGCAUAUGGAAUGAUUAUGUAAACUUUUUAAAAGCUGUUGAGGCUGUUGGAUCAUAUGCCGAAAAUCAGAAAAUUAGUGCUGUUCGAAAAGUAUAUCAGCGUGGAAUUAUUAAUCCAAUGUCAGGGAUGGAACAAUUCUGGAAAGAUUAUAUUGCAUUCGAACAAGCUAUAAAUCCGAUAAUUGCUGAGAAAAUGUCUAUGGAACGUGGCAGAGAUUACAUGAACGCGAGACGAGUAUCCAAAGAAUUAGAGGUCCAUACAAGGGGAUUGAAUCGGAACGCUCCAAGUGUUCCUCCAACUGGAAGUGCCGAAGAAUUAAAACAAGUUGAAUUAUGGGAAAAAUUUAUAGCGUGGGAGCGUAGUAAUCCAUUACGUAGUGAAGAUACAGCGUUAGUUACACGUCGUGCAAUGUUUGCUACCGAACAAUGUCUUUUAUGUCUAGGCCAUCAUGCAGCAAUUUGGCAUCAAGCUGCACAUUUUUUGGAACUUAGUUGUAGAGUUCUAACAGAAAAAGGCGACGUAAAUGCAGCAAAAUUAUUUAGCGAUGAAGCAGCAAAUAUUUACGAAAGAGCAACAAAUACGUUACUAAGUAAAAAUAUGCUUUUGUACUUCGCUCAUGCGGAUUAUGAAGAAGGGCGUUUAAAGUAUGAUAAAGUGCAUCAAAUUUAUCAAAAAUAUUUGGAUAUGCCCGAUGUUGAUCCAACUUUAGCUUAUGUACAGUAUAUGAAAUUUACACGACGUGCAGAAGGUAUCAAAUCUGCGCGAACAGUUUUUAAACGUGCUCGCGAAGAUAGUCGAAGUAAAUAUCAUGUAUUUGUUGCUGCUGCACUCAUGGAAUAUUAUUGUUCCAAGGAUAAAAAUAUUGCAUUUAGAAUUUUUGAAUUGGGUCUCAAAAAAUUUGGAGAUAAUCCAGAUUAUGUCUUAUGUUAUAUUGAUUAUUUAUCGCAUUUAAAUGAGGAUAAUAAUACUCGGGUACUUUUUGAACGGGUUUUAUCUUCGGGAAGUUUAGAACCUGAAAAAUCAGUGGAUAUUUGGAAUCGAUUUUUAGAAUUUGAAUCAAAUAUUGGUGAUUUAGCUAGUAUUGUUAAAGUUGAAAAACGACGCAGUGCAGUCUUAGAAAAGAUAAAAGAAUUUGCUGGUAAAGAAACUGCUCAAUUAGUUGAUCGAUACAAAUUUUUAGACCUUUAUCCAUGUUCAUCUACGGAAUUACGUAGUAUCGGUUACACAGAUGUGAUAAAUAUAACAAAACAUACAAAUUUUAUGGGUAAUAUAUUGGAAGAAGAACCAACAUUACCAAAACCUGAUGUCUCACAAAUGAUUCCAUAUAAACCAAAGAAUAAAGCAUUACCGGGUGAACAUCCGGUACCGGGUGGUACAUUCCCAUUUCCGCCAUCAGUUGCUCAUUUAUGUACUUUAUUACCACCUCCUUCAUGUUUCACUGGACCAUUUGUGGCUGUUGAUUUGUUAAUUGAUGUCUUUAAUCGCAUUCAACUACCAGAUUUACCGCCAGCGCCAACAACAGAGAAUGGAUGUGAUACAAAAUUAUUUGAAUUAGCAAAAUCAGUACAUUGGAUUGUGGAUUCUACAACAGAUAAUACAGGAGCAAAAAGACCUCGACUUUCACAAGGUGGUGGGGAUAACAGCGAUGGGGAAGAUAAACCACCACCUCCUGUACAUGAUGUAUACCGAUUACGACAAAAACAUAGAUUAAUGCAUUAAUUUUUUUCCAAUUUUUAUUCGUUUUAAAUAACAUCAGUGACGCUCUGGAGCGAUGUGGUCUUGACGUAUUAUUCCCGAAGCAAUUUUGAUAACUUCGAGUAAUAAGUUUACUUAAAAACAAAUUUGUAAAUACCCCCACCAAAAUUUUUUAAGGAAUUAUUUUUGUAUUAGUAUAAGAAAAUCAUGGGUGUAUAUUUUUUUGUUCAUACCCAUACGAAUAAAAAAACAUAAUUUUGCUCAUUGCAUGUAUACGGGAUUCUUGCGAAUACCAAAAUUUUCUAGUUUAUAUUUUUAGCAAUUUCC